AUGGAAUCAGACUCUGCGCUUCACGGUGAUGUUCCCGAUGGCGCGGAAAUGUCCCCUUUGAUCGACAAUCCAGCUGAAACAAUUGGGGAAGAUGCAGUAAAUAACAUAGCAGCGAAUGAGUCGGAAGCAGUUCCUGCUGCAAAUAAUGGAGCAACAAAUGGAGGUGAUCCAACAAGCAGCAGUGAUGUUUUGGAUGUAGAACCUGGUGAACAGCAAGAAAAUGACGAACAACCAGAGCAAGAUAAUGCAGAGGCAGAAGAAGAAAUGGACAUAGAUGACACUACUCCUGGAACAGUUGACGAGCCUGCAUAUAUAGGAGAUAAUUGUUUGUCAACUCCAGCUGAAACAGAAGAUAAUUCUCCACAAGAAGAAAAUAUGGAGCCCUUGCUGAAAGAUCAAGAUUUAGAAGGGGGAGAAGGCGAAGGUGAAGAUGUUGAUGCUGCCCAGGAAGAGUCACCAGAUCAAUCUAUAAGCUCGGGUAUGCCAAUUGAAGGAAGUGCACCAAUGAUUCAAGAAGAAGAAUCAAGUACAAUGGAUGAAGAUAUGGGUGGGGGAGAAGGUGUGGCCAGUAGUGAUGAUGUGAACGACAUAAGCAGCGCUGCACAGGAAGUCCUUAGCACAGGCAUCAGUUCUAGCACAACAGAAGGUGGUGCUGAUAUUUCAAGCUCCGAACAGAGUGAGGCUCCAUUGAUAUCCUCAACUGCUAAUGGACCAGCGGUACUUCAUUCCUUUUCUGUUCUACCUCAGCCACAGGCGAAUGAACUCCGUGAUGCUGAUACGUCGGAAAUGGAGGGCGCGGCGGACACAAUGCCCUCUGUGAGCGAGUCCAUGCCACUCCUCACUAUGACGGCCAAUGGAUCUGCGUUAUUAUCCCCUAAUUUACUACAAGGUGAAGAGAGUGGCGCGGGCGUGUCGUCGUCGGGCGUAGAGGGCGGCGCGGCGGGGGCGGGCGCCGGCGCGGGCGCGGGGGCGGAGGGCGACGGCGCGGUGAGCAGCUCCGCGCCGCUGCCGCCCGCCGACGCCGCGCACGCGCUCGCCACGCUGGCCAGCGCGGCGCUGCAUCACCAACACGAGCAGGCAGAACCCGAGGAACCGAAACCGCAAAAUGAAGAGGAUGUUUGGUACACAGUUGGCUUUGUUAAAGGAACCACAUUCACAGUGCACAAUUAUAUAUCUGAUCCAAAUGUAGAUCUGUCGAAUCUAUCUCUGGAUAGUUUACCGGAUUUCGCGGGAUUACCCACAACGCCACUGGAACAUGGCACGGCGUACAAAUUCAGAAUUGCUGCAAUCAACUCAUGUGGGAGAGGAGAUUAUAGUGAGGAGUCAGCAUUUAAGACGUGCCUCCCGGGGUUCCCUGGCGCGCCGUCCGCCAUCAAGAUCUCGAAGUCGGUGGAGGGCGCGCACCUGUCGUGGGAGCCGCCGCAGGUCGCUGCCGAGGGCAUCUUCGAGUACUCAGUGUACCUCGCCGUACGAUCCAAUACACAGCCUAAGGAGGCGGCCAAGUCGCAGCUGGCGUUCGUGCGCGUGUACUGCGGCAAGGCGGCGACGUGCGUGGUGGGGCAGGCGUCGCUGGGCGCGGCGCACGUGGACUCCUCCACCAAGCCCGCCAUCAUCUUCCGCAUCGCCGCGCGCAACGACAAGGGCUACGGGCCCGCCACGCAGGUCAGGUGGCUGCAAGAUAUCAAGUCGACGGGUGUGAAGCGCGCGGGCGAGAGCCGGCUGCCGGGCGCGUCGCCUUCGAAGCAACCCAAACAAAUAAUGCAC